AUGGCAGAAGUUCUCAAGGUCACCUACAAAAUCCGAGUGGCCACUGGCAACUACUGGUAUGGCGGGACCAUGGAUUCCAUCUCCAUCACCUUGGUGGGAACUCACGGGGAGAGUCCCAAGGUUCGGCUGGAUAAAUAUGGGAAGGAUUUUUCUCCCGGAGAAGUUGAGGAAUUUGUGGUUGAAACUCCAAAGGAGUUGGGGGCGCUUCUGCUGGUCCAUCUCCAUAAGGAGGCCUACAAGUUUUUCCCCUGCACAGACUGGAACUGCAGCUUCAUUGAAGUGGAGACGCCCCACGGGCAGACGAACCAUUUCCCUUGCUACCAGUGGAUCCUGGGCUACUCCACCUUGCAGCUCCGAGAAGGGACCGCUAAAAUUGUUCACAUGGAUGCAAAUAAUCAAUUGCUGCUAGAGCAUCGGAGGUACGAACUACUAGCAAAACAGGAAGCCUAUAGGUAUAAAGACUACCAGCCAGGAUGGCCCAAAUGCCUAGAUGUUGAUUCUGUGGACCAACUACACCUGAACGAUCAAUAUCCAAGCACCGAAUCCAGGGCCUUCCAAAUCCACCGGACGGCCGCGGAAUUUGAGUUGAAGCUAAAAGGGUUGCUGAACUAUAAAAAGGCCUGGAAGAAAUUGGACGACAUCCGAAGGUGCUUUUGGUUCUAUCGAACCCCAACCUCAGAAUAUGUCAGCAAGCACUGGGAUGAAGACGCCUUCUUUGGCUACCAAUAUCUCAAUGGCGCGAGCCCAGGGAUCAUUCAGCGAUGCCCAGAGAUUCCGGCUAAGUUCCCAGUUACACAGGAGAUGGUGGCCGAAUCCUUGGGGACCCACACCACCCUGGAUAAAGAGGUGAAGGAAGGCCACAUCUUCCUCAUAGACUGCCAGAUUCUGGACGGCAUCCCGGCCACAAGAAUCAACGGGUGCCCCCAGCACGUCUCAGCUCCUCUCUGCCUCCUCCACCUCACUCCGUGGGGGGAGAUGAUGCCCAUCGCGAUUCAGCUGACUCAGCGACCUGGACCACAGAGCCCCAUUUUCCUACCCACUGAUUCUGAGUGGGACUGGGCGCUGGCCAAGUUUUGGGUUCGCAACAGCACAUUUUACAUCCAUGAGAUGCUCACCCACCUGCUUUACACUCACCUGGUCAUGGAAGUCUUCCUGUUGGCCACCCUCCGGCAGCUUCCCCGGUGCCAUCCAGUACACAAGCUGCUAGUCCCGCACUUCCGCUACACACUGCAUAUCAAUGUCCUUGGCAGGGCGAACCUCCUCGGCCCCAGUGGGAUGCUUGAUAAGGUGAUGGGCACAGGUUUCCAGGGUCUGUCGCAGCUGGUGGCCAGGGGACUUUCGCAGCUGACCUACUCCACUCUCUGCCUCCCUGACGAUCUCCGGGACAGAGGAGUCGAAUCAUUGCCCAACUACUAUUACAAGGAGGAUGGGUUGAAGCUCUGGGGUGCUAUAGAGAGCUUUGUAUCUGGAGUUAUCAGCCAUUAUUACCCAAGUGACACUGCUGUGGAGAAGGACAUGGAGCUGCAGGCCUGGGUGGCUGAAAUCUUCGAGAAAUGUUUCUAUCAGCGACAAUCCUCUGGUUUCCCUGCACACCUAGGAACUAUUGCUGAGUUAACCAGGUACCUGACAAUGGUGGUCUUCACCUGCUCCGUCCACCAUGCCAGUGUCAACAAUGCCCAGUUUGAUUUUGGGGCCUGGAUGCCCAACUACCCUUCCACCAUGCGGAGGCCUCCCCCAGCAUGCAAGGGCAAUGUGACUUUUGCGGACGUCCUGGAGACCUUGCCGGACGUCAGCACCAGCUGCCAAAUGUUGCUCAUCUUAUGGCUUCUCAGCAGGGAACCGGGGGACAAAAGACCUCUGGGUUACUACCCUGAUGAACAUUUCACGGAGGAAGGCCCCAAGAAGGUUAUUGCUGCUUUCCAAAAACAUCUGGCCAAGAUCUCCAAGGAAAUCGAGGAAAGGAACAGGCGCCUGCUGAUGCCAUACAAUUAUCUCAACCCUCCUGAAAUAGAGAACAGCAUAUCCAUCUAAGGACCUGCCACCCAGCCUGAUGUGCAAUGAGGCUCCUCAGCCAACCGAGUCAUUAAGGAUCUCCCAUUGGAAGACACUGGGCAAUUGUUGGGACACCACGUGUGGGCUGGCUAGGCUGAGGUGGACCUUGGCCUAACAAUGUCCAGAAAUCUGGCUGUGGAAAACAGAAGACUGUUUGAAUGGCUAUGACAGAUG